CAAAAGUGCUUACGAUUUACGAACGAUAUAAUAAUAAUAAUAACAAAUAAUAUUCUCUUUGGUUUUCCUCACAGAUAUAUUCUCCGGUGACCAAAUCCUUUCUCCGUCCGUCUUGAUCACCACGAAGAAGAAAUCGCUUUUGUCUCUUCUUCUUACUCCUCUCUCCCUUUUCCUUUACACUCUCUCUCUCUCUCUCUCUAUGCCUCCGUCCUACUUUCCUCUCCGGUGGGAGAGCACCGGCGACCAGUGGUGGUACGCCACUCCCAUUGAUUACGCUGCCGCCAACUGCCAGUACGAUUUAGUCCGCGAGCUUCUCCGCAUCGACUCCAACAACCUCAUGAAGCUCACUUCCCUCCGCAGGAUUCGCCGCCUCGAGACCGUCUGGGACGACGAUUCUCUCUUCCACGACGUCGCCGCCUCCAGAUCAUCCGUCGCUAAAAGACUCCUCUCCGCCUGCGACGGUCCCAACUCCAACACCCUCAUCCGCUCUGGCUACGGUGGCUGGCUUAUGUACACCGCUGCCUCCGCCGGAGAUCUUGCGUUUGUCCGCGAUCUCCUCGACAGAAACCCUCUGCUCGUCUUCGGCGAAGGAGAGUACGGCGUCACCGAUAUACUCUACGCAGCUGCCAGGAGCAAGAACGACCACGUUUUCCGCCUCAUUUACGAUUUCGCGGUUACUCCGAGGUUCGGUUCCGAGCAGCAAACCGGAGAUAUUCCGGCGGCAUACAAACGGGAGAUGAAGAACAGAGCGGUCCACUCUGCUUCUAGAGGAGGCAAUUUGAUCCUUCUCAAAGAACUUCUCACUGAUUGCUCUCUUGAAGAUGUCUUGGCCUUCCGAGACAAGCAGGGCUCCACUAUCCUCCACGCUGCUGCCGGCAAAGGAAAAACUCAGGUGGUUAAAGAGCUUGUGGCUUCAUACGGUUUGGUCGAGGCUGUGGACAACCGAGGGAACACGGCUUUGCACGUCGCAGCCUACCGUGGCCACGCUGAUCUUGUGGACGCUCUGAUCUCUGCGUCUCCAUCUUUGAUCCCCGCUAGAAACAACGCCGGAGACACUUUCCUCCACGCUGGAAUCUCCGGUUUCCAGACUCCGGCCUUCGAGAGGCUUGACAAGCACACGGAGCUCAUGAACCGUCUCAUCACAUCCGCUGCCUCCAAAUCUCCUGGAGAUUUUGUUAAUUAUAGGAACAACGAGGGACGCACGGCUAUUCACUUGGCCAUCUCUGGGAAUGUUCCUCUGGAGUUCGUUGAGAUGCUCAUGUCUGUGAAAUCCAUCGAUAUUAACAUACGUGACAACGCUGGUAUGACUCCGCUUGAUCUCAUCAGGCAGAAGCCGCUAUCUCCUACGUCGGAUCUCCUGUUCCGACGGCUGGUAUCAGCCGGAGGGAUGUUCAGUUCUCGUGAUCAAAGCAUCACAAGUGUGGUCGCGUCGCACUUGAAGGACAGAGGAAACUUUUACAGCCCAGGAGCUCGUUUCAAGACAUCGGACGCUGACAUGUUCCUAAGCACCCGACUUGAUGUCGCGUCGGACAACAAUGGUGUUGUUUUGGUCCCUAGACACGUGAGAUCCAGCUCCUGUUCCAUUGAGAUUGGUCAGCGAAACGUGAUGGAUGAGAGUCAUCAUUUCAAGAAAUGCAGAAACGCUUCUGUUAACUCUGCAACGGAGAGAUUGAAGAGCGUUUUCCACUGGCCGCGAAUCAUCAAGAAACAACCAGAUCAUUCCAAGAACGAUUCUGAGAUAAGCCUCGCUUCGGCAGCUCUUGAGACGCAAGAAACUCCGGUUCCACUCCGACAGAGAUUCUCAAAAAGCACCACCUGCUCGCUUGCUCUGCCUAAUAACAAUAAAAGAACGUUAUCGGUAAGAAGUAACCAGUCGAGUCCGAGAGCGAAGAAGAAGCGGAUUGGUACAGUGCGGUCUCGUUCUAGUUCAUUCUCGAAAAUAUCCAUGCACUCGUCAUCCACUUCUUCAACUUCGAGCAUGGUUGAUCUUAAGCAGAAGGGAGUGAUGAUGGAUACGGGCAUAGUAGCGGGACCGUCGAAACCAGGGUUGAACCGGGCUGAGGUAACGGAGCCAGUGAAAAGUAAGGUAACGGAGAAGCAGGGUUCGUUAAGGAGGAGACUGAAGAAGAGCCAUUACUUUUGCUUUGGUGCUUCAGCUUUGUCUGUGAAAACGCCGACUACGGUCUUGGUAUAAAACCCCUGAAAGAAAGAGAUAGGUUUGGUUUGGUUUCUCUUUUAGUUUCUUUCUAAAUGUAGUAAUAGAGUCCUGAAGUUAAACUACACGCCGUUUUCGUUUCUAGUUCUAUCAAGCAGUCUGGACUCUGGAGGACUCCUCCUUGCUAGUGAUUAAUAUUGAAAAUAUAUAAUAAUUAUAUA